AUGGCCACUCCUCGCAGCUUCCAAUCAUCCAAGAAGGAGCUGAACGCUAUUGUCAUUGAAUUUGCAAAGUUUCAACCCGCAGACUUUGAACGCACCGACUCGCCGCGCUUGCGACCGUUGCUCAAGAGGCUCGACGUGCUGCUACGCCACGGCUUCCCAUUCGCUGAAUUCGACAAAGGACCGCCAACGCGCAAAAUUGGAGACCGCCGUCUGCUCUCUCUGACUGACCCUCAGAUUGACAAGGCGAUGGAUUCUCUUCUUUGCUUCGCCGCAAUAUGUGGAGAUCUUGGCAGCUUCCCCUUCAUUCCAGCGGCCAGCGGGGUGUACGGUCACCUUCGCACUUACAUUCCUGCCGUGCUCGAUUGGAUGGAAUUAUUGCACCCGAUGAACGGUCACCUACAACCCGCCUCAGGCGCGAACGGUUAUCAGGAUCUUUGCCGUCUUAUAUCGGCGCUACUGCACGCCGUCUGCCUUCCGGGCAUGUACGGUGGCCGCGAACAGAUGUACGAAUACAUCUUCACUACUUCCAUCAUAACUUAUUUGGUCGACAUGUGGCUCAACCUCUUCCGGUAUACCGCCGAUCCGACAUGGGACGCGGUGAUGAGGCUCGUGAAGCUCAUGUACGACCUCGCAGAAAAUAUCUACGCGGAGAAUGGGCCGUCGCGCGUCGCCAGCGAGCUCAUUCUCAGCACAGUGCGCCAGAGGAUACAUAACAAACGGCGGCGCCUUUGCCAUGUCAUCUCAAGCUACGGCCUUUACCUCAAGGAUGUGACGCGAUUCCGCUAUGUCUCCCUGCACCUCCUCGCUCUGGCCAGUAUCUUGACGCGCGCCCCUGAACUUCAAGUUUCUGCCUGCCCUCGGGAAGACACACGCAUCCUCGUCCAUCUUCUGGAUCACCACAUCACCACCUGCAAUUGGCCGGCGCUGAUGAUGGGAUGCACCUACCUCAGCAACCUUUGGAUAUCUUCACUCAACAACAAGGCGGUCGAGUGGGCGAUCAAUGACGGCAUCAUCGCCACGGUUCUGAAUGCCCUGAAACAUUGCGACUAUCAGAGUGCUCUGAAGUCCGUGCAGGAUGUCGUCCGUCGCAUCACAGAUGAGUUCAACUCCUGGCGGAUACUACGCGCCUUCCACCAAAAAACGACGGACCUCAUACCCGAGCUAGAGCGAGCGAGCGAGCGACACCUGGUCAUAGUCGAAUGCCUGACUGCCUAUUGCGAACGCGCGCCCGCUCUCGACUAUGCGAGGGUGGUUUUUAAGGAAGGCAGAGAAAAAUGCUCGUACUCGGAGUGCGCCCAGUCAUUGACUGAACCCGGGAUUAAAACAUUGGCGUGCCAAGGCAGAGAUGCCUGGUACUGCUCGGAGCGGUGCCAAAGGGCCCACUGGAAGGAAAAGCAUCGCCGAACUUGCUACUUCGGGACCGUCACUCGGAUGUCCCAGCGUGAUUGGCGCUUCAUCUGCGUGCUCGCCGUCGCUCACAUGCAGAGAAACAUACGCUCCAUCGUUGAGGAGGCCCUAGUCUUGGACCCAAACCGCUGCCAUCGAAUGGCACUGCAUGUCGAUCUUCGAGAACCGGCAAUCACGCACAGGGUGGCAGUCGUUGAGGUGAAGGCGCCCGAAGAUGCCUGGACGACCAGACUCGUCAUACAAUGGCGAGAGUGGGGAAGAGAUUCGAUUGAAGACGUGGAUACUGCAUUCCCAUUGGACGUGAUGCUCGAGGACUACGAGAAAGAUGUGGCGGACGCAGAAGACAGAGUAACUUCGGGGCUCGCGAUCAUGGACACGUAGC